AUGGCAAGCAAAUAAGGUUAUGGAGCAGACUUGAGAAAGUUCAUGGACUUGAGAGUAGAUCUUAGGUUAAACUGCAAUAGACAUGUUGCAGGUGUCCUCAAGGGUUACGAUCAAUUCUUGAAUAUAGUACUCGACAAUGCUAUUGAAAUUAUAUCAAAAGAUGAGAAGAGAGAACUAGGGACUGUUGUUAUUAGAGGAAACUCAGUGAUUUUGUGGGAAAAUCUUGAUAAAGUUUUAGCAAAAUCGCAUUCUACAGAAUCAAUCGCAAACAAAAAGGAUAUAAUGUUUCUAGCUUUAAUCUUAAACUUUGUUCUUAAGAAAUUAAAGUAAGUCCAUGAUAAGAAUAGAUCAAAGAUGAUGAAAAAGCAUCAAUCUUUACCCAAGGAACAUUGGAGAAAUAAGAAUCCCAUAGUUUUAGUUCAUGGGUUUGCAGGAUAGACCGCAGACAAGAGCUGGAUAUGCAAAGGCUACUUUCAUCACGCCUUAAGUAAUGACGUACUUGGCGAGAACAGUGAGGUUUAUGAAGCAGAUGUCAACCCUUUUGGUUCACUGCAUGAUAGAGCUUGUGAGCUUUAUUAAUAACUUAUUGGCAUCUCUAAGAUAUAAGAGGAGGCGAGGAAGAAAGAGCUGUAAUUAUCCUAAGUAGUCUAUGGGGUUGAGCAUGUAAGAGAUGUUCAUAGUGAUACUUAUUACAAAAUAAGAUAUUUGAAAAAAGUAGUGGAUGGAAGAAUAUUUGCUUAUCCAAAUGGCAUACCAGGCGGUUGGUGCAGACAUCGAAAGAUUCAUUUAGUUGGUCACUCUUGGGGAUUAACAACUAUCAGGUACCUGCAAUAUCUAAUGAGUAUAAAUUUUUUCAAGAAUCCAGGCUACUUGAAAUGCUCCAAAAUUGAGGACCAGUAUUGCUUUAAUGAUCCAACUUAUGAUAUGAGUAACUUCAUUGCCUCAGUCACUGCACUUAAUGGUGUUAAUAAUGGCAGUCUUGGAGGAUAUGGCUGUGGUUAUGAUGAAGAAAAAAGACUAUUCAUUUAAGGUAAAAAUGAUGCCGUACCUUGGGCGUUGAAAUGGAUAGAUGGUGAGGAAUUUUAUGAGCUAGAAUACAUGGAUCAUAACUUCAUGUAUGAUUAUUGUGGAGAAAUAUUCGGUUUUAACAAGAAAGAUGAUGAAUCAGUGUUUCAAUACAUCAAAAGACAUUACUAUAACGAUAGUUUAUACAAUACAAAUGAUACAGCUGCAUGCCAGUUUGCCCCUCAUUAUGUUAUGGAGUAAAACGCUAAGUUUGAGACAUAUGAUAAUACUUAUUACUUCUCAAUUACUUGCAAUGUAAAGGGAGGCAUAAGACAAAAGUUUAAAGAAGUACUACAUGAGCCGAAGCGAUCAAGCAACAUGGGUUUAGGCUUUGAUUUAGAAGUAGAUAGUCAUAUUAAUUAUACUCUCAAGCAUACUAAAUAUCCCAAAAGAAAAUCAAAGCUUAAUUGGCUUUGGAGGAAACUAAUGCAUCUAAAAAUAGCUUUAAACCCAAUUGCACUUCACUAAGUAAUAUUUCUAGAAAAUUAAUAUGAGUUUAAACCUCCAAAGGAAAAUAUGAAUAAUGCACUUAAUCCGAAGAUGAAUAAUGCUGAAGCUAUUGACUAUUUAAACAAGGAUUGGAUUUCAAAUCACGAUAUAUUGCUGCCCCGCUAUUCUCAAGAAUUCCCAAGGCUUUCUUCUAAUUAUAAUACUAAAUUUGAUAUCAAAGAUAAGCCCUGGGGAACAAAAAAAGAUCCUAUAUUUUUCGAUGUCACUGAUGAUGCCUACUUGGAAUACUACUCUUAAAAAGACAAAUAUGAGAAAGGUGUCUGGCACUUUGGUUCCUACCCUCACACUGAUCAUCUGGAUUAUUGUGGACUUCCUCCUAUCCUUACUAAAAUAAGAACUUUGCUUGGCAUUGAAUACAGACCGCUACUUUGGAUUAAUCUUUUUAACAGACUAAGAACCUUGGAAAUUGAAGACUAGAUUUGA